GCAGGUGUGGAUGUCAAACUCCAUCAGGUCAACUAGAAACUAAUUGCAUAUUUCUCUAUUUAAACAUGACAGAUAAAGUGCAGACUACUUUACUGUUCUUAGCAGUUGGAGAGUUUUCAGUGGGGAUCUUAGGGAAUGCAUUCAUCGGAUUGGUAAACUGCAUGGACUGGAUCAAGAAGAGGAAAAUUGCCUCCAUUGAUUUAAUCCUCACAAGUCUGGCCAUAUCCAGAAUUUGUCUAUUGUGUGUAAUACUAUUAGAUUGUUUUAUAUUGGUGCUAUAUCCAGAUGUCUAUGCCACCGGUAAAGAAAUGAGAAUCAUUGACUUCUUCUGGAUACUAACCAAUCAUUUAAGUAUCUGGUUUGCAACCUGCCUCAGCAUUUACUACUUCUUCAAGAUAGCUAAUUUCUUUCACCCACUUUUCCUCUGGAUGAAGUGGAGAAUUGACAGGGUGAUUUCCUGGAUUCUACUGGGGUGCAUGGUUCUCUCUGUGUUUAUUAGCCUUCCAGCCACUGAGAAUUUGAAUGCUGAUUUCAGGUUUUGUGUGAAGGCAAAGAGGAAAACAAACUUAACUUGGAGUUGCAGAGUAAAUAAAACUCAACAUGCUUCUAUCAAGUUAUUGCUCAACCUGGCAACCCUGCUCCCCUUUUGUGUGUGCCUAAUGUCCUUCUUCCUCUUGAUCCUCUCCCUGCGGAGACAUAUCAGGCGAAUGCAGCUCAGUGCCACAGGGUGCAGAGACCCCAGCACAGAAGCCCAUGUGAGAGCCCUGAAAGCUGUCAUUUCCUUCCUUCUCCUCUUUAUUGCCUACUAUUUGUCCUUUCUCAUCGCCACCUCCAGCUACUUUAUGCCAGAGACGGAAUUAGCUGUGAUUUUUGGUGAGUCCAUAGCUCUAAUCUACCCCUCAAGUCAUUCAUUUAUCCUAAUACUGGGGAACAAUAAAUUAAGACAUGCAUCUCUAAAGGUGAUUUGGAAAGUAAUGUCUAUCCUAAAAGGAAGAAAAUUCCAACAACAUAAACAGAUCUGAAGAGGAACUAUGCUUUUCUAGGACAAACAAAGACAAGAUGUUUCUAAAUUAACUUCAGUUCUUGCAUUAAUGUUUUAUGUGA